UGGAGGCAAGAGAGAGGUGUCCGAUCGAACUCGCCAGAGUUGGGCUCCUAUCCCUGGAUUACAGAAGCUGGGAUCGAUUUCCAAAUGGCAACAAAGCAUUCUGAUCAUGGGAGGAGGACGGGAGGAGACGUGAAUCGGGCUGGGCCUGUGAAGGGGGCAGUGCCCUGUGUGGGUCAGGCAGCCAGCCCUACCUCCUCGGGCUCCAAGACCCAGGGAGAGGGAGCCCGGUCUGGGUCUGGCAGCCCCCACACACCAUCCAGCGUGGGAGCUCCUACAAACCCUCGUUCCACAGCCCCGGCAGCUCAGAGAGCCACCAGCUCGAGCAGCAGAGAGCCAAUGAGCCCCACCAAGAGUGCUUCGUCCCCCGGUGGGAAGGCCAGCCCUGCUCCCAAGGCCACUACUGCUGCUAAGCAGCCCAGCCAGAUCAUCAGUAAGCAGGAGGCGGCAGAUAUUGAGAUGGAGACCUACGGGCAGCAGGAGAACCCCAAGUGGUCCAAGUGGCGCAGAAACCGUAUCACGGACACCAUAGCCCACAAGGUCUCCCACUGCCAGUUCGUGAACGGAAAGAGCAACGAGGUGCCGCAGUCCCACCUCGAGUCCAUCGUGGGCCAGAAAUGGGGCAUCGACCCCGUCACCCUCCAGCAGUACGUGAAGCGCAAGUCCUUGGAGAUGGAGCAAGAGAUUGAGGUCCGUCCUUGCGGCCUCUUCAUCGACCCGACCAAGAACUGGCUGGCGGCGAGUCCCGACGGGGUGGUGCAGUACAAGCUGACCAAGACCAAGGUGGGCCUGGUGGAGGUGGUACGCCCGUACAAUCACCGGAACCACACCGUCACAGAGGCCUGCAAAGACUUCUGCUUGGAGAACAAUGGCCAUCUUCAGCUGAAGAAGAACCACCCUUAUUUCACCCAAAUGCAGUGUCAGAUGGCUGUAGUGGGCGUUCUCAAUGCGGAUCUAGUGGUCUGCACUGACAAUGAUAUUGCCAUUGUCCCCGUGGGGUUUGACGCCGACUUCUGGAAGGAAACAGUGAAGAAGCUGGAAGACUUCUAUACCAGAGCCGUCUUGCCAGAAAUAAAGCGGCAAAACCUAGCCUUGGCACAGGAAGAAUAUCCGGAGAAACCUACUGGGGCCCACACUUAA